UCAGACACAAACGAGUGCACUGAUUACUCUCCUAGCUGUCACGUCAAUGCUGUUUGUCAAAAUACUGUGGGCUCACACACGUGUUCAUGUAAAGAUGGAAAACAAUGUCAUGGUAAGAACAGUUUCAAACAAAUACAGCAAAAAAGACUGAACGCCCUUUUUUACUUCUUACCCUGACACUCUUUUUCCAGUAUAGCGUCGGCUCAAAAUUUCCAGUUUUUCUCCCCAACUGAAGUGUUGCAAGUAAAAACAAGUUUCGAUUCAUAAUAAAUAUUUUCCCAUAGAUAAAGAGGGCGAAGUCUGUUAUCAUUGGUGUUAACUUGUGCUAAUGGCAUGUUUACUGGGCCAAAAAAUAUUUGUUUCUCACCCUCCCUUGUUCUCUUCCAGACAUAAAUGAAUGCACUACUAACUCCCAUAGUUGUGACGUCAAUGAUUGCACGUCACUCAAAUAG